AUGAGCGGAAAUCGUGGAGGUUCUUAUAUCUCCGGAAUCGUUCCAUCGUUCAAAGAGAGACGGCCGUUCCAUGAACGCCAAAAAGAUGUGGAAGAAAUCCGCAGUCAACAACCAAACAAAGUUCCCGUGAUUAUCGAGCGAUUCGAUGGAGAACGUAGUCUCCCACUUAUGGAUCGUUGUAAAUUCUUGGUCCCAGACCACAUUACUGUCGCUGAACUCAUGUCGAUCGUCAGACGACGUCUUCAACUUCAUCCACAACAAGCAUUCUUCUUGCUUGUCAACGAGCGCUCAAUGGUAUCCAACUCAAUGAGCAUGUCCAACUUGUACAGUCAAGAACGUGAUCCAGAUGGCUUCGUUUACAUGGUCUACACGUCGCAGCCAGCUUUCGGAUAA